AAAAUGUAUUGCAGUGAUGGUUGCACAACUCUGAAUACAGUAAAAAACAGUGGAUUGUACAUAUUAAAUGGGUUUUAUGUUAUGUGAACUGUAUCUUGGUAAAACUUGUACCAAAAAUCCUAGAAAAUCAUUGGAAGAUCUUAAAGGUAAAUAGCAGUGAUACAUAACUGCUGAAGUUUGCAAACUAACUUGUUUCUAUGAUUCUACUCUAACACAGUAUCAAAUAUUGUUUGCUGACUUGGUAUUAGAACUCUAUUGGUAAGAUAAUUUACUACCUUUUUUUUUUUUUUGCUGUUUAGUUUUAAAGGUCUGAUUUCUGAGACAGUCAAGAGGAAAAUAUGAAUAAUUCUAGGCAGCAGUCUCUGUUCUUCAUCACACUUCCAGAUUUAAACAAACUCUGUGCCGUCAGAAUAAUACUGAGUAAUAAGAUGGCAGAUACUGAGAUUAGGACUACACAAAUGAAGAUGUGCAGGCAGUUGCUGUUUUUGCAUGAAGAUAUUCUUACAUCACCUGUGUCUGGAAUAUUAAACCAAAUUUGGGUGGUGAUGUCGAUACCAUUUUAUAAAGCAAGAAAACUUAAUGCCUAUGUUGAAAAAUAUGGAGCUAAGAUGGAGAUCCCACAAAGAGUAAUUCCUGUAAUUCUUCAGAACUGCCUUUCAUAUUCAUUCACGGCUAGACUUGCUCCAGCCUGGAAUAGAACUGGCCAUCUAUUGAUACAAGGAAGAGAUUUUCUUUCUCACAUGGGAAAACAAAGUGCUGUUGUAUUAAACAUCAACGUAACAGAAACUCAAGUUUGUCUAAGUAUAGAAGCUUGCACAAUCAGACUACCACCACCUGAGCUAGAAGAGUUUGAGAUUUCCCAGAGGAUUAUAAAGGACUUUCAUACUAACAAGCAUGCUGUCAUUAAGAGACAUUCCAUUUUAAGCAACUGGUGCUAUGUUUUGCCGAGUAUGAAAAUGGGACAGAUUAUAAAUAUUCUUCAUGCCAUCCCCCCUGGCUGUCCUUUUCGCUCAUAUGAAGAUUUCCAGAGACACUGGGAUGUCCUGUAUGGCUAUAAACUUCCAGAUGAUUGUAGAAAACUUAAAAUAUACUGCAACAUCUAUUUCAAAAUGCUCGGAGAAAGGACCUUCACAUAUCCUCUCAGUUGCAUCAGAAGUCAGCCUGUACAGUUCUUUCCAAGAGUAGAUUCGGAAGUUGUGUUGAAAAGUUUUCUUUCAGAUUUAAAAUCUAAACUGCACCAUAUAUGUGGAUUUCCAAUAAAGAUGACAAGUAAACCGUGCUACUACACACAAGAACUAACUAAACCUAGUAUACAGGAAAACAAAGUCAAGCCACCAAAUUUGACCACUAAAAAAAUGUUCAGGGCAUCUCUGACUCAAGCCACUUCCAUAAAACCUGCCUGUGCUCAAAGUCUUCUACCAUGUUCAAUAGCAGUGGACCACAAGGUGGCGCUUUCAGUCAGCCUGCCAACAUCAGGCAUUUUCUCACCUUUGCAUCUCCAGCCAGAGUCUGUUCAGGGUAGAAAGAAAUCCCUGCCUAACAGGGCUCCACAAGUACAUUUGGAAGUAUUAAUGCCCAACAGAGGAAAUACUGAAGUUCAACACACAAAUCUUAGCUCCCAAAGUAAUAUCACUUCCAAAUUUGUACCAGUUUUCAAAAAUAAAUUGUUACAAAUGAACAAAAAUACCUCAGUACUUAGCAGCCCAAAAAGAAAACAGCAUAUUGUGACACAAUCUAACUUGUUUUCACUCAAAACUAGUAUGAUCCAGCAUGAUAAACUCAAUUUAGGUCCAGCUAUUAAAAAAAGAUCUAAUAGUAACAUUCAGAUGCAGGCUGCUAGCAAUUUAAAUCAGGAGAAUUCCAGACCUCUGCAAGAAAAAAAAAUUAAGUCCUGUGAAAAUAUGACAGAAUUUUCCUCUUCUAAUCGAAAAUCGACUGUAAGCUUAAACAAAAGUAAGCAACUAUCUAAUAGUGCAGUAUUUCUGAUGUCAAAUAACAAUUUAGGGAUGAUAAAAAGUGCUGUUGACUUCCAAAUGAAUGGAAAAGAAAAUUUAACAGACAAACAUAUAACACAAAUGUUAGGGAAAAGCCAUGGGUCACUAAAACUGAAAAGACAACCACACAUUUUUGAAUCAGCUGGAGAAACAGAAGAUCCCCGACUGCUACAGCAGCAAUCAGAAAAUCAAGCUAAAGAAGUUGGUACAAGUGACCACACACUGAUAGUAAGCAAAAUAACCCAUAGGUCUAAGAGAAAAUUAUGUCCAGAGUCUUCCAAAACUUCAAAGAAGCAUCGUUCCAUUACUGUGCACUAUGACCAAUCCAGUUCUUCUAAGAAGCAGAUACUUCACUCAGAUAAGUCAAAACCUAAGAAAUCUCUCAUCAUUCCUAAUGCUUAGAACAUGGACCUGAAAGAAGAAAAUGUCUACCAGAGAUGACCAUUCUGAACAUACAAUGAACACUCUUCCAGAAGUCUCUCACACUCCUGUGACCAUGAAAUCAGCUCUGCAUACUACUGUGGAACCUCCUUUUUCCCUCAACAGUUUCUUUUUAAUGUUUGCGUAGCAUUUUGUUAUAUGUGGGUGUACUGUAUUUACUGGUCGCUACUGAUUGACACUUCAGUUGUUCCCAGUUGUUCACUAUUACAACAAUGUCAUCUAAAUAGUCUCAUGCAGAUCUUUGCAAAACAUCCAAUGAUCUUAUACAGUAAUUUUGAUAGUUGAAAAUAUCUUUAUUUUGCCCUUACUAUUAUUGAAAUUUGAAUUUAUCAUUUUUAUUGUCAAAAUUUUCAAACCACCUAAAGCACAGAUAAGAGUAUGAAGAAUCUCUAAGUACCUAUUGCACAGAUCUACCAGUUUUUAAUAUUUUGUCACUAUUUCAUCUGUUCCUCACAGACAUGCUCUUUUUUGCUGUAAUCUUUUAAAGCAAAUUCAAGACAUCAUAUAAUUUUACUCAUAAACACUAAAAUAUAUAUUUCUAACAUAAGAUAUAGUAUAUUUUUUCAGGAAACAAGAAUGUAUAUAUAUAUUACAUUUUGGGGAUCUCUACUAUAUCUCUGCAGGCUCGCUAAAUUUCACUUUUGUUUUUACAUACAAACUAACAGGAAGCCCUGAAUAAAUGUAAAACCUAUUUCUCAACAAACUAGAGUCUUUAUUGGGGUGGAGAUUUCUGUUUUCACUAAUGCUCAUUAGCAUCUUCUGUGUGCCAGGCAGUGGGGAAAACAGUGUCCACUCCAGAAAUGGAUGAGAGAGCCAUGGCCUGAGCCCUGAGGGCUGAUGGUCUAGUCUCAAUCAAAUUCAUUCUGGGUUCCUGGCACAGACUUAGGAAUAUGUAUGUAUGAAGCACAUGUCCAGAAUGACCUUCUGCUCCAUAUUACAAAUAAAUUAACAUUUGAAAAAACAGAGAAAUAGAAAUGCAGCUUCUCAGUCAAUAUUAUUCUGGCUUUCAAACAUUUUAGAUUUUUAAUGUACAAAAUAUUUGUUGCAAUAUAUUUAAAAGAAACAAAAAAUCUUCAUUGGACAUUCCACUGAAACAAUUAUUAUAUAAAAAUAGCCAGUAGAGAUCCAAGUAUAAGUAACUCUGAUCUUGUAAAUGUGAUUUAUUGUUUCCACCAUUUCACUAAACCAUUGCAAUUAAAAGCAAAAAUAAACACAAAGUCUCCUUCAAACAGUAAAUGUGACUCCUCCUCCUGAAACUGUGUUUAGUUAAUUAAUUUGCUAUAUACCUUUAAGCAUUCUGUUUUCCAGAAUUAUCUCUAUUUCCCAAUUAUUUUACCAUUUUCAUAAGGAUACACAUUUUGUCUGAAGCCCAUUUUUGAGUAUGGUUUUCUCAUUCUCAAGUUUGCAUUAUAGAUAUCUAGUAGACUGCUAUAAAGAGUGGUAUGUCACUUUGUGAGGCUGUGGUGAAAAUAACAUUGGUAAAUAUGCAUAUUUGAUGAGCACAGUCAUCCAAGGCAUGUAGUCAUUCCUGAAGCCAGCCUUCCCCACUGUUCCACAUACUCACAGGCUGCCUUCCUGCUACUGCCCACUCACUAUGCCUCAGGUAAUGGAGACGUACUUUAUUAUUACACUGAGCAAAAUAAUGAAAACCAUACAUCCACUGCUGAAGUAGUAUGUAGCAUCUUCCAGUUCUUUAUGUAAGUCAUCUUGGUAGUCCCCUCCUAUAUUCCAUUACUGUCUAAAAUUUAGAAUAUAUAGUAUAGUACUUCAGUUAGAUCAAUGUUAACCUACAUAGCAAAACCUGCCAUGUUAAUAUUAGCCUAUUUUUUGUUCAAAGUAGGUUUUAUUUUUAUCUUACGAUAUUUAUCCUAAUGAAAGUUAUAAAAAUAUAUGCAUAUAUGUAUACAUAUGUGUGUGAUUUAAUAUGGAUUUUUGAUUCAUAUUUUAUGUUCCAAGAAGAGGGUCUAGGUAAAAUUUCUGUGUUCAAAAUCACCAGAGAAAUCAAUUAAGAUUUUGAUUCAUUUUAAACACUGCAAUUUUUGAAAGCCAAAAUAAUUCCAAAUCUAAUUAGGGGGAGCUACAUUUUACUUCUUUGUGUAAACUUUUGGUGAUCUAUAUUCAGUGUAGACCGCCCUCCCACCAUAAAUUAUUCUUAUGUUACAAUUGUACAUUAAUUUUAGAAUGAUUUUAAUUUUAAAACCAUAAGUAAAUAAUUUUAUGUUUGCCUAUGUCCAGGAGCUUAAGAAAUCAGCCAUUACUUUAAAAAACCUAUGGCAACGUCAAAAUUAAUGCCAAGAAUCAUAUUUCUAGGAAGCAAAAGUGCUUUUCUUAUAUAUUAGGUUUCAUAGUAUUGGUUGCCUACUAUAUUUGUUUUUAUUUCUAUUAUAUAUCAUAAUUAUACAUUUUUAUUUUAUUUGCAUUUGUAAAAAAAUGUGGACUUGUUAAGGAUGAGCUUUUAUUUGACUAACCAGUUGACCAAUUUUUGCUCUGUUUUCAAAUUGCAUAUGAUGGGCUAUUACAUGGAAACUGCUAAUAUAAGGUGUAUUUAUUGAUAAGAUUGGUCGGUAUUUACAAAUAUUUAAGAAUGUCAUGGUCCUUAUGUUUUGAUGCUUAAAAUGUUCAUGUUGUUGAACCCUACAUAAUGUCUUAUUCCAAAUUAAAAAUAAUAAAGGUAUUUCUAAUAGA